CCCCCCCACUCGUUGCCGCCGCCAUGGACCCGAGCAACUGGAGCAGCUUCAUCUUCCAGCAGAGUCAUACACAGAACCCGCUGCAAGUCGGGACAGAAAUCCAGUCGAGGUUUUUUGCUGCUCAGGGCUGCGGUCAAAGCCCCUUCCAGACUGCUACCACAACAGCCCCUCCACAACAGUCAGCCACUUCUGCUGAGUCCCUCCAAGUGGACCUCCUGCCUGUUUUGGCUGCUGCCCAGGAAACAGCAGCAGCUGCGGCUGUAGUUGCUGCCGCCACAGCUUCUGCAUCGGCUGCCUCCACAGUAGACACAGCUGCCCUGAAACAGCAGCAGCCUUCCGCCUCUGAAGGUGGUGGGGGGCAGGUUGCACCAACCACUCAAACCACCCAAGCCCCAACUCCCCAGGCAGCUCCUGCCACGCCACAAGGUGAGGCUCAGAAGAAGCCGAAGAGCAAAGGGCCCUACAUCUGCUCCCUGUGCGCUAAAGAGUUCAAAAAUGGCUACAACCUGCGGCGCCAUGAAGCUAUUCACACGGGGGCCAAAGCUUCCCGUGCUGGACCUACGACCAUGAAGAUGCCCACUAUGGUUCCCCUCAGCUUGCUUAGUGUGUCAGCCAUCGGUGGGACAACCCCGGCGACACCUGCCCCUGCUGAGGGGGCAGGGAACACAACAGGGUCUGGCGCAGGGCUGGUGACCACUACAGCAUCGGGCAAACGCAUCCGGAAGAACCACGCGUGUGAGAUGUGUGGGAAAGCUUUCCGGGACGUCUAUCACCUCAAUCGGCAUAAGCUGUCACACUCAGAUGAGAAGCCCUAUCAGUGUCCUGUCUGCCAGCAGCGGUUCAAGCGGAAGGACCGCAUGAGCUAUCACGUCCGUUCGCAUGAUGGUGCUGUGCACAAGCCGUACAUCUGCAGCCAUUGUGGGAAGAGUUUCUCACGGCCGGACCAUUUGAAUAGCCAUGUGCGGCAAGUCCACUCAACAGAGAGGCCCUUCAAAUGUGAGAGAUGCGAAGCAGCCUUUGCCACUAAGGAUCGGCUGCGUGCUCACACAGUCCGUCACGAGGAGAAGGUGCCGUGUCACGUGUGUGGAAAGAUGCUGAGCUCUGCCUACAUCACAGACCACAUGAAAGUACACAGCCAAGGGCCGAAUCAUGUCUGUGAACUGUGCAACAAAGGUACGGGUGAGGUCUGCCCCCUUGCGGCAGCCGUCUCGGCCCCACCUCCUGCUGCCGUCACGGUGCUGCCCAUGGAGGGAGCCUCGGUUGUGAGCCAAGCCCUCCCCACACAGCCCUGGUGAUUUGUGGGAGUGGGGAGGCAGGAGCCGACCUUUCCAGUCCCGUCCCUCCCCAGCAGCUGGAGCCUCCAAGCCCAGAUGGAUAUGCAGUGGCCAUAUUUGGGUGUCUAAUUUAAUGGUGGUUUCAUUCGUGCUAUCCCCUGCCUGUGCUCAUAAAAUAAUGGGGCUGGGAAAGCACCUGUCCAGCCGAGACAGCCUCUCUCAUUCAGAGGGCGCCUUGUUCUGAGGGUCGUGGAAGGGCUUUGCGCGCAUUCAGAGAGCAGCCUGAUUUUACUGACUCCCCCGCUGUAGCAUCCUUAACUUUUAGCCCCCACAAGAGCCCCUAAAAUCCGUGCACCCUCCCCUGUCCUUGGCCGAAACACUACCAUCUUUGUCA